UCUCUGAUAUUUCAGCAUCCGAAUCAGCUUCUGUAUGCAGGACAUAUGGGACUGAGAAAGGACAGCAGCUGGAGAGUCCCUGGAGCAAAGCUCACAUGUAAUCAGCACAGGAAGAAGUACUCAUUUAUCAACUCUUUUAUGUAGUUUGCAACCACAGGACAGCUAUUUAAAAUGCAAGUGUGUGUGUUCCCUCCUGCAACCACUGAGUUUAGCACUUGAGCUGCCAGGAGGGAGGGCAGAGAAGAACGUGCAGGGGACACAGGCAGCGCUGGAGCUUUGUUUCCCAAGCCAUGAGCAGGCACACGUGGUUCCCUUUGCAGUACAUCUCCAAGCCAUUCUGGAGAGCAGAAAAUCACAACACCACCAACUUCUUCUCUGCACUGUAUGGCUUCCCUAACCAAUCCUUCUUCCACAGUGGUUUGGACCUGGAGGACCUGGGGGACUUUGACAGCAGGACCAAGUAUGAGGGUGAGUCCCAGAGCCGGACGGUGAAGGCACUGCUGAUAGUAGCCUACUCCGUGAUCAUCUGCAUCUCACUCUUUGGCAACACCUUGGUGUGCCACGUGGUGAUCAAGAACAAAAGGAUGCACUCUGCCACCAGCCUCUUCAUCGUCAACCUGGCCGUUGCUGACGUGAUGAUCACCAUUUUGAACACCCCCUUCACGCUGGUGCGGUUUGUAAGCAGUACCUGGGUUUUUGGAAAGCUGAUGUGUCACAUAAGCCGGUUUGUUCAGUACUGCUCUGUUCAUGUGUCUGUGCUGACCCUUGCUGCCAUCGCUUUGGAUCGGCAUCAGGUUAUCAUGCAUCCUCUCAAGCCACGCAUGUCCAUGGUGAAAGGAGGGAUUUGCAUCAUUAUCAUCUGGGUUAUGGCCAGCUGCUUCUCACUACCUCAUGCCAUUUAUCAGACUUUGACAAGAUUUUAUAUCGGAAACAGAACAAUACGGAUGGUCUGCCUCCCCAGCUUUCCUCCUCCCGCUGAUCUUUUCUGGAAGUAUUUAGACUUGACUACUUUUGUUCUCUUGUAUGUCCUGCCCUUGCUUGUGAUCUCCAUCACAUAUACCAUAGUGGCGAAGAAGCUCUGGCUGAGAAAUGCCAUUGGGGACCUCACUAUGGAGCAAUACUAUGCCCAUCAACGGAAAAAGAAGAUGACAUUGAAGAUGCUGAUGGUGGUGGUGAUUGUGUUUGCAGUAUGCUGGUUCCCCCUGAACUGCUACGUGGUGUUGAUCUCCUGUAGGGCCAUCCACAGUAGCAAUGCUCUGUACUUUGCUUUUCACUGGUUUGCCAUGAGCAGCACUUGCUAUAACCCCUUCAUUUACUGUUGGCUGAAUGAGAGCUUCAGAUCUGAGCUGAAGUCCUUGAUGUGUGUGUGCAGGCGAAGGAGUGCAGCCCAGAGUCAUGCUCUGCAGUCCAUCUCCCCUCCUUUCAGGCAUGCCUGGGUUGAGAGCUGCCAUUAUAAAAGAGGCAGCACCUGCCAGAAGGCAAGGUCAUCCUCCCAGAGGAACUCUGCAAAGACAGACAUAUCCAGUGUUCAGCCAAUCGUGGCAGAAAGCUAAACCCUUCAUCUGAUGACCAGGCAGCAUCGUGUUGUAAUUGUGGAAUCACAGGAAAAAUUGAAUUGGAAAGGAGUGCUGGAAACCACGUAGUCCAACCUUCCACACAAAGCAAGCUAACUUCAACUUCUGAUUGGGUUGUUCAGGACCUUGUCCAGUCAGGUUUUCAAAAAUGUCCAGGGAUGAACUGCCCACACGUGGGCUCCAGAAUAAGGGGCGUCACAUGAAUUUUUCAUCAGAACGGUCAGCAAAAAUUAAGAGAAUUUUUUAACAGCACACAAAAUCUCUCAAAGCCUGAGAAAACUAGUUAUACACAUGCCAACUGAUGCACACUGUUUUAAAGUACAUGGCUGUUUAUGCAUAUAGAAACACUGUAUUGAUUCCUUCUUAUUUAUUUGUAAAUUGUUUAAGAUAAAUAACAUUUAUAGCCAUUCUCAAAUUUAUACCUGCAACAUCUCAGCCACUUACUCUGCUGUCACUGGAACACCGUAGCUUUGCUCAUCCACCUCAGUGUGACCCAGGUGUGCUCCUCGCACCAUGGCAGACAGCCCCGUGCCUGCCGGUGGAGGGGGAAACAUCUCAAAAAUCACAAUGAGAACAUGGCUUAGAAGUAGGACAGCAAAAACUCACUCCAUUUUUACAGGUGUUUUUCCUCAUCAGCUUGUUUUGUUCUGUCAAGAUUACUAGUAGUCACCAUAAAUCACUGCUUAUACUGCAACCUGUGUUCAAGGAAGAAAUUACACAAGUGAGCUUAUUCUCAAGCUCUAGCUAGCUGAGAAACCAACACUUUCUUAAAACAUAUUCCCUCUGCCAUUUUUCUAAGGACUAAACUAAUGCCCGCUCACCAAACACCACCAUCCACACAGUAAAUAGAAAUGGUUCCAGAAGAAUUUUUCAUUUUUGUACUUUCUACCAUGUUU